AUGGUAACUGGAUGGAAGGAGCAUUUGCAAGGGGUGAUCAAGGAGAAGAUGGGUCUUCUAUUAAGCUUUUGGCAAUCAGCUGCCCUUGAUGCGAAAUUAGAUCCCGAUCCAUUUGAGGCUAUCAGAAGUCUUUUAAGCUUAUGGAUAACUGAUUUUCUGGCUGAUAUCAAUAUUUCCCGGUUCAACGACUUGAAGAAAAAAUUGAUGAGGAUGAUUAGUGCCACUAUUAAUGACAUAGAAACCAUGGUUUUAAUCGACAACAUCCAACGGCUUGGCAUAUCCUACCAUUUUGAGGCUGAAAUCGGAGAAAGAUAGGUCGCAUUUACAAGGAUGGUUUCGUAGGAGACUGCGACGAUGACCUAUAUGUUGUUUUUUUUACGAUUUCGAAUCCUCAGACAACAUGGAUAUAGAGUGUCAUCAGGCACGUUCAACAAAUUUAAGGAUGAAAGUGGAGAUUUCAAACCAAGCUUGAGCAAAGAUGUUAUGGGCAUCUUGACUCUACAUGAUGCUUCACACCUUGGCAUACAAGGAGAAGAGUGCAUGGAUGAAGCUUUAGCUUUCAGUCUUAAGCACCUUAAAGCAUCAAUGUCUCGACUCGAGCCUGAACUUGCUAGAAAUGUCAAGCAUGUGCUCGAGCUGGCCUUGUACCGGCGCACGCUGAGGUUAGAAUCCAUGCAUUACAUAGAAGUCUAUGAAAGAGACACUAAGAGGAACCAGGAUUUGCUAGAAUUUGGUCUAUUGGAUUUCAAUAUGGUGCAAGCAAUGCAUAAGCAGGAGUUGAAAGAAGUCACAAGGUUGUGGAGGGACCUGGGUUUGGCAGAUAAGCUAACAUUUGCACGGGAUAAAAUACAUGAAUGGUUCAUGUGCCCUGUUGUUCUUUCGUCGGAGUCUGAGUUUUCUAUGGGUAGAGUUGAUCUCACCAAAGUCAUUGCCUUCAUUCAUAUUAUUGAUGAUAUUUAUGACAUUCAUGGAACCUUAGAUGAACUACAUCAAUUUACAGAUGCAAUAGAAAGUUUAGACUCAUUUCGAAGGCUCCACUCGUCUGACACGUUCUGUAGAAGUCAACUCCACGUGUUUGGCAAGUUCCGAAGGCGGGUGAAGGCGCUGUCAACGGUGGUCGACUGCCUUAUGCUUGAGCUACUUCGGAGCAGACACGUGACUGAUGUAUUCUAUCAAGCUACUAUGGUCUCUCAAUCAAGUUCAGUCUACGGAACUGGCUACUGCCUGACUGGUAUCGUCUUGCGAGUGAAUGAACGGCGUUCUGUGGACGAUACCUGUCUGCUAUAA